UUUAAUUAGUCAUGCUUUAUAUCUUGUAAUUUUCAUUACACAGACAUCUAAAUUAAAAUAGUCUCAGGUAUAUGAAAUAAAAUUAUUUGCGAUUACAUGCUAAGCUAAUUAUGAUAAACAAUUAAGGAAGAUAAAGCAGGAAAAAUAACUCUUAUCAAUUUUAUCACAGAUUUACAUAACAGCACAAGGUCGUGUUACUAGCAAAUUAAAUCAGUGUGUAUACUUAUAUAAUUAGUCGAUAAACAAAUUCUGCCAUCAAUUAAUCAGAGAUAGCGUAUCAAAAUUCAAUUUCUAGUAUCUAUUCUAAUCUUUAAAUAAUAACCUUAAUGAUUGGAAAUAAAAUGCAUUUUCCAAUUUUCGCCUCGACUAAAGUUAUUAAAAUCAUAGAAGAGUGUGUUUUGCUCCAUGCCUAUUCGAAGUGAUUUGGUGAUAACACCUCAGUUGGCCGCAAUGUAUCAGAGUUUGCUGAUCUUCCCAGUAUUUCUGGCGGUGGUGUCGACAGGACGCUCGCCACACGCUGACUUGGUGGACAAACUGGAAAGGAGCCUGGAAGGCGGGAGAUAUUCUUCUGAUGUUUUUGAAGACGGCAGGCUUGAUUUGGUAUGUGUUGAUUGUCAUUUAGGUACUUGAAUAAAAAUAAGCACAGGAUUUAAAUUGAAUCGUGUACUUCUUUGACUGAAUCGUACAGGGACCGAAAAACCCCUUCAUUUGAUUAAUCCUUUCUAUAGGGUAACCCAGAUAUGGGAUAUGGUCACACAGAUUAUAUGGUGUUACCACCAAAAUUCUUCGAGAUUAAACUACUAAUUAUCAAUUCGGUGCUCCAAGUAUAAUUAAAAACUAGACAUCAUUUACUUUUUACCGCAGGAAAGUGUAAUAAGAAAAUACCAGUAUCCUUACGAAUCCCACCACGUAGUGACAGAAGAUGGAUAUAUCCUGGGAGCUGUCCGUAUUCCCCAUGGUAGGGAUCAGAAUAACCAGCCCGGGUCCAAGCCAGUGGUCCUGAUAAUGCACGGUCUCCUCUCUUCUUGUGCUGACUUCGUUAUGUUAGGACCUGGACAUGCUUUAUCUUACAUGCUUGCCGAAGAAGGAUACGACGUUUGGCUUCUAAACGCGCGUGGCAACUUCCACUCCAGAAACCACACGACUUUGGACCCUAACAGGCGAGGGGACCCCUCUUUCUGGGCAUUUAGUUGGGAAGAAAUGGGACGAUUAGACAUCCCAGCAUACAUCGAUUAUAUCUUAGAGGUCACGGGGCAGGAGAAGGUCCACUUUAUUGGUCAUUCCCAAGGAGGGACUUCAUUCUUAGCCGGCAUGUCGAUGAGACCUGAAUAUAAUGAGAAGAUUAUCUCCUUCCAAGGUUUUGCUCCUGCUGCUUUCUUUUACAAUAAUAGGAAUCCGGUGUUUCUUAACAUUGCCCCGUUUGAAAGGGUUUUAGAAUCUCUCGCCGCUCAGAUAGGUAUCUACGAAAUCUUGGGCAGAAACGACGUGCUCACGCUAAUCCUCAUGCGAGUGUGCCGUGACGGGGUCUUUACACAAACACUCUGCAAGCUGGUCGUCCGAUACAACGAGAAUGACGGUAUGUUCAACACGACAAUGUUCCCAGCAUUCCUCGGCCACGCUCCGUCUGGUUCAUCAGUACGCCAACUCACGCACUACGGCCAGAACAUCAGAUUCGGCACUUUCAGCCGUUUCCACUACGGUCACAUCCAGAAUCUGAUAACCUAUGGGAGAGUGGACCCUCCUCCCUACAACUUGAAUCUUAUAACCGCACGAACCUACUUGCACUAUGCACUCAAUGAUAUCGAGGCUGACUUUAGGGACAUUCUGCUGCUAAAAGAGUCGCUGCCGAAUGCAAGGGCCAUUCAAGCGCCGAGGCAUAGCUUCAAUCAUAUAGACUUUAUUUGGAGCAUGGAUGCUAGGGAUCAAGUGUAUGAGACGGCUCUUCAGAUGAUGAGGGAAGCUGAGAGGCUGAGUUCAAUAUAAUAAAAUAUUUUUUUUUAGUUUUUAGUUGUUUUAAACUUGUGACUUAUAAUGUAAUGAAAUGGAAAUUUAUUAGUAGUUUAGGUGACUGCUACAUAAUGAAAGGCAUUAAAAUACAAGUUAUGAAAUGAAUUAAAUGAGUGUCAUACAAGGAUCACACGAGUAUAAUAAUAUCUAAUUAUGUAUAGUUACAUACAUUGCUUUAUCGACAUCAAGAUCAUAUUAGGCUUCAACAAUACAAAGUAAUUUUAUACUUACAAACUAAUUAAAAGACAAACUAAACGUCGAAUGGCGGCAAUGAACACUUUUUCGCGCAUGUCAGCAUCCGUUUUUUUUAUAUUUUGAGACAAACUAGAUUCGGAGCUGACUGCCAUAUUGUUCGAUAUCAUUGCAACAUGCGAGAAUUGUCAAUUUUGUUUGCAACUAACACUUAAUUUCGAAUAAAACGUCAUCACGACUGAUGUUACAAUAGAGGCCAAAUCAAAUUUCUUUGUUUUUCAGAGAUGUUCUAAAUUUGAAUGUAAUAAAGGUAAGUAAGGUAAAAUUACCAUGCACCCACUGAUACAGGUUUGUUUAUUAGGCCGUUACCUUAUCGUGUCUGAAUAUAAUAUGAUGCAUAGGGAGGUUAUAAUAUGGAUGUAGAUAAAAUUUAUAUUUGAACAACGAAGAUACAUAAUAUUAAUCGUUCAUUAUAUGACAAGGCGUAAGAAUACUUUUUAUUUUUUGAAAAGGCAAGAUCUGUCAUUACGAUGAUUUUAAUUUUUUCUUAGGUUAGAACAAAGUGUGAACAUGUCAUUAUAAAUGUAUAAAAUUUAAAUGCUUCUAACUCUUAUAAUAAUUAAAUAUUCGAAAAAAAAGAAACGUUCCCAACGUUUACGUUCUCAUAGCUGUGGUUGUUACACAACAAAUUGUGUCAAAUUAUUUUUAAUGAUGUUAAUAUCCAAAUGUUUGUAUGAAAAGACGAUUUCCCGCCGGUCCUCCACUUUCGUCUUAAUGAUAACAUUGCUACACUUCGUCAUUCUAAAUGC